CGCCAGGGUCAUCCUGACAAGCAUGCUGCGCACACUCCGUGCAAACGUACUCGGACGCCUGGUGGUAUUCGCAGAAAAUAAAGAGUGUCUGAGGCGGUUAACGGUGUUUAAACCAAGCGUUGUCGCAGACUACACAACAAGACGGCAUACGAGCGACUCAACCAUGGACUUAAGUGACAUGAGAAAGAAAUAUAAAGCAGAUGCGGAGUGCUUCGAGGAGAAUCAGCUGGUCUCUCUGGACCCAAUCAAACAGUUUGGGAACUGGUUUGAUGCAGCGACUCGGUGUCCUGAGGUCGGAGAGGCCAAUGCAAUGUGCAUAGCAACUGCCACCAAAGAUGGUCGACCCUCCGCAAGAAUGGUCCUUCUUAAAGGUUAUAGCAAUGAAGGUUUCAGAUUCUUCACCAACUAUGAGAGCAGGAAGGGCAACGAGCUGGAGAGUAACCCACACGCGUGUCUGGUCUUCUACUGGGAACCUCUCAACAGACAGAUCCGCAUAGAGGGUGCUGUGGAGCGUAUCCCCUACCAGAGCUCCUGUGAUUAUUUUCACUCUCGGCCCAAAAGCAGUCAAAUUGGAGCAGUGGUUAGCCGCCAGAGCACGCCGGUCCCCAAUAGAGAUUUUCUACGGCAGAAGAAUUCAGAACUGGAGGAAAAGUACAAGGACUCGGAGGUGCCGAUGCCCGACUACUGGGGAGGCUACAUCGUCAAACCACACCUUAUCGAGUUCUGGCAGGGUCAGACCAACCGACUCCAUGACCGCAUUGUCUUCACUAAACCAGAGGGAGGCGACACUCAGCUGGGCGAGUUUCAGCAUCAAGGUGAAGAUGGGUGGGUUUACCAGAGACUGUCUCCGUGAUGAGAUUGAAACUGGGGCUUCAAUACUUGAAUCACUGUGCCAUGGUCAAACAGUUGUGGAUUUGAGAAGACCAGUCUUAAAAUGGUUGUAGUUCUCUGAUUACAGUCUAUUCAUCAUGUGUUUGCGUGACGAAGACCAAGCAUGAAACUGGACUGGUAUUCUUGAUGUGGUGGAUGUGAAAUCCUAAGACGUAGGAUCAGGUUGUGCAGUAUGUGACCUUCUCUUGCCAGUAGCACUUUAAUUUUGUCUAUUAAUUCAUCUUCAUUCGGAGUUCAAGUGAACAUUAAAUCCCUUUGACUGUACCAAACGCCACAUGGUGCUAUUGUGUCCGUUUCCAUAAAUAUCAAUGGAAGAGUGGCCUGGUGUGGUUUGUAAUAAAUGACUUGAGAUGGAAAUGUCGUUAUUACAGUUGUAAUGUGUGUAAUUUCUGUCUUAAGAUAUAUGAUGAAUACAUAAAUAAAAAUGGAUACAAUUA